AUGGUGUCGGCCGGCCUGGAGAUUCUAGGACUUUCGCUGUGCGUCGUCGGCUCUCUUCUCGUGAUGGUGGCGUGCGGGCUGCCUAUGUGGAAGGUGACCGCGUUCAUCGAGGCCAACAUCGUGGUGGCGCAGACCAUCUGGGACGGCCUAUGGAUGUCUUGCGUGGUGCAGAGCACGGGCCAGAUGCAGUGCAAGGUGCACGACUCGGUGCUCGCCCUCAGCCACGACCUGCAAGCGGCCCGGGCGCUCACUAUCAUCUCGUCGGUGAUGGGCGUGCUGGGACUCAUGGUGGUGAUUGCCGGAGCGCAGUGCACCAACUGCAUCCGCAACGAGAACGUCAAGGCGCGCGUGGUCAAUGCCGGAGGAGUUAUCUACAUCUUCAGCGGGUUCUUCGUGCUGGUGCCCCUGUGCUGGAUGGCCAACAACAUCAUCUCGGAUUUCUACAACCCGCAGGUGCCCGGCUCCAAGAAGCGUGAGAUUGGCGCCGCGCUCUACAUCGGCUGGGCGGCCACCGCGCUGCUGCUGAUCGGCGGGGCCGUGCUCUGCUGCUCCUGCCCGUCAUCCGGGAACACGGGAUACUCGGUCAAAUACGCGCCCACAAAGAGAGCUACGCCGAACGGGGACUAUGACAAACGGAAUUAUGUGUAG